AUGCCAGGGUGGAGCUGUCUGGUGACAGGAGCAGGAGGGUUUCUGGGCCAAAGGGUCAUCUGCAUGUUGACUCAGGAGGAAGAGCUGCAGGAGAUCAGGGCCCUGGACAAAGUCUUCAGACCAGAAACCAGGGAGGAAUUCGCCAAGCUGCAGACAAAAGCCAAGGUGACCGUGCUGGAGGGAGACAUUCUGGAUGCCCAGUGCCUGCAGAGAGCCUGCCAGGGCAUCUCUGUUGUCAUUCAUACUGCGGCCGUCAUUGACGUCUCGGGUGUCAUUCCCAGACAGACCAUCAUGGAUAUCAAUCUGAAAGGUACCCAGAACCUGUUGGAGGCCUGUGUUCGGGCUAGUGUGCCAGCCUUCAUCUACACCAGCUCGGUUGAUGUUGCAGGGCCCAACUCCUACAAGGAGAUCGUCCUGAAUGGCCAUGAGCAAGAACAACGUGAAAAUAAAUGGUCUGAUCCAUACCCAUACAGCAAAAAGAUGGCUGAGAAGGCAGUGCUGGCAGCCAAUGGGCGCACCCUGAAAGAUGGCGGCACUUUACAUACUUGUGCCUUAAGGCCUAUGUACAUCUAUGGGGAGAAAAGUCCAUUUCUUUCUAUCCCAAUGAUCAGGGCUCUCAAAAAUAGUGGUACUCUGGAUGUUUGGGGCAAAUUCUCCAUAGCCAACCCAGUAUACGUAGGCAAUGUGGCCUGGGCACACGUUCUGGCUGCCAGGGGCCUACGAGACCCUAAGAAGUCACCAAACAUCCAAGGACAGUUCUAUUAUAUCUCAGAUGACACUCCUCACCAAAGCUAUGAUGAUUUAAAUUACAAUCUGAGCAAGAAAUGGGGUUUCCACCAUGAUUCUAGCUGGUGCCCUCCCCUGCCCCUGCUGUACUGGCUUGCCUUCCUGCUCGAAGCUGUGAGCUUCCUGCUGCGUCCAAUCUACAACUACCGGCCUCCCUUAAAUCGUCACAGGAUCACACUGUCAAAUAGUGUGUUCACCUUCUCCUACAAGAAAGCUCAGCGAGAUCUGGGCUAUGAGCCACCUGUCAGUUGGGAGGAAGCCAGGGAGAAAACUUCGGAGUGGAUUGGGUCACUAGUGGAGCAGCACAAGGGGACACUGAACACAAAGACUCAGUGA